AUGGGCAAAAAGGAAAAAGGAAAGCCAAAUCAAUUGGGUGAAGUCAGCAGAGAUUAUACUAUUAAUCUUCAUAAAGCUGUUCACAAGGAGACAUUCAAGAGAAAGGCUCCACGUGCAGUCAGUCAUAUAGUCAGAUUUGCUCAAAAGAAUAUGUUGACAGAGGAUGUCAGAGUUGAUCCAUAAUUGAAUGAAGCAGUAUGGGCUAGAGGAAUUAGAAAUUUACCAAGAAGAAUCAGAGUUAGACUUUAAAGAAAGAAGAAGGAAGAAGAUGAUGGAAAAGGAAAGUACUAUACUCUUGCUUAGUACGUGCCAGUUGAUUCAUUUGAUAACCUCAAGACAGAAAUCACAAAAGCAUAAUGAUUCCAAUAUUGUACAAUACAAUAUAUAAAUACAUUAUUUUAUUUUUAAUUAAAA